AUGACUGACGACAGUCAAACAGGACUUAAAAAUACAACAACGACUGAUAAUCAUGCUAAAAAUCGUCGUUUUACCAUCACACCAAAAGUUGGUGACAGUGAUGUAACAUUUGAGAAACAACAAGAACAAAGUAAAAAUAGUCAAAUAGAGACGUCAUCAGAUGUAUUAGAUAAAGAUUUUAAUAAAUUAUACGAUGAUUGGAUACAAUUAGAUAAUCAAUUAAAAAUAUUUGAACCACAACAUAAAGAAUAUGUGCAAAAACUGGAUGAAGUAGAAGAAUUAAAAAUGAAAUAUCGAACAGAAUUUGAUCGUUAUAUGAAAAAAAUUAAACAAAUACAAAAAGACGUUAAACAUCUUAUUAAACAACGAUCAAAAUUAUCAACAACAACGACAGAUACUUCUCGACCAACACCAACUUCAUCAACAACGAUAUCGACAUCAGUGUCUGAUUUUAAAUUAAAAUUGAAACAAUCUCAAUCUACCACGGAUUUAGCCUCAAAAGGUCGACAGUCAGUGUUAACACCAUCAUUAUCCAUGGAUGAAAUAGAUCAAAUUCAAACAUUAAAACCUCUUGAACGUUUACAAUUAAUUGGUGAACAAUUAAAUUUACAUCAUUCAUAUUUAGAUCGUAUUGCCGAUACUUUACCACGAAAAGACUCAUAUUUACGAGUAAUACUAGGUGCUGUUGAUGUAUCAAUAUUAAAUAAAUCAGAUAAAUGGAGAUAUAAAGAAGAAUAUGAAAAAUUUAAAUUUAUUAUAACAAUUAUUACCAUGAUAUAUUCAUUUAUUGUUUGGAUUGCAAAUAUUAAAGUACGUGCAUUAGAUGCUCUAUUUCAUUUUCUAUUAGUGUGGUAUUAUUGUACAUUGACGAUACGAGAAUCAAUAUUGAUUGUUAAUGGAUCAAAUAUUAAUGGAUGGUGGAGAGCACAUCAUUUUAUUGCUACUGUUUGUACGGGAAUUUUAUUAACAUGGCCAGAAUCGCAGUCAUAUCAUCAGUUUAGAACACAAUUUUUUGUUUUUUCAUUUUAUCUAAGUGUUGUACAAGUUUUACAAUUUUAUUAUCAACGUGGAUGUUUGUAUCGUUUACGUGCAUUAGGUGAAACACGUGAUAUGGAUAUAACAAUUGAAGGAUUUCAUUCAUGGAUGUUUCGUGGUUUAUCAUUUCUUGUUCCAUUUUUAUUAGCUGGCUAUAUAUUUCAAUUAUAUAAUGCUUACACAUUGUGGACCUUAUCUUAUGCAAGAUAUACUCAUGAAUGGCAAGUUCGAGUAUUAGCCAUUAUAUUUUUUGUUCUAUUUUGUGGCAAUACGAUCACAACAUUGAGUGUUUUACGAACAAAACUUCGUGAAAAAACGAAACAAGGAAAACUUCGAGGCCGAUAUUUAAAACAAAAAUAUGAAUCAUUUAAAACUCUAUUGAGUAGUGGAUCAAAUUAUCGUCUGUCACGACCCUCAACAGAUACAGGAAGAGAAAAUAUGAAUUCUCAGAGUACGACAACAUCAACAAAAUUUGAAUAA